AUGGAGGGGUACCGCAGAGCACGCACCGCCGCCGCGCGAAGAAACCAACAGAUGCCCAGUUUAUCAGACAUGGCUGCAGAGCAGGAUCCUGUACGACGUGAACAACUUCAUAGGGAGGUCACUGAACUGGGGCCGUUGUUCGUUAUGCCCCCGCGACCGGAUAACUCUUCAUCCACUGUAGCUUCGAGACUGGCUCAGUAUGCAGCCCGCCGGAUGGAACAACGAAAUUCGCGGCCACGAAUGACCCCGAGUGACAGGUACCUAGAGCGUCAAAGACAUGUUGCGGAGAGAGAACUAAGAGAUGCCGUAAGCAGGAAUGUGGACCAUGAUAGCAUGCAAGACGCCGGGAGACAACUGGAAGCUGCCAGUUCAAAUUUACGGGCUCGUUUGGAUGCUCCAUUACCGAAUGUACUUUCACCGCUUUCCUCUGAAAUUGAAUAUGCCAGCGAGAUCGAGAAUCGUCGAAACAAAAGACGUAAGCUCAAUACGGACAAGACUGACAGUGGCUUCUCGGGGUUCUCUUAUGGGAAAUAUGGCCAGGUCGAGCAAGGGAAACUUGUGAUGGAAAUUGUCAGUUGUGAUGGAGGCACUUUUGAAGGCGAACCACCAAGUCGAAGGGAGGACUUUGAACCGGAGAAUGUUCUUUUAGAUGAUAAGUCUGUUUACUGCACGAAGAGUAAUCGAUGUAAUUUGGUUCUUCGGCAUCAAGGCAGCACAACGUUUUGCUUGACCGAACUGAUUAUCAAGGCCCCUCGCCAAAACUAUACUGCUCCUAUCCAAGAGGGAUUGGUUUUUGUUUCAAUGACAUCCGAUGAUCUUUUGACAAGGACUGCAAAAUACCAAAUUCAAUAUUCCCCACCCAAACCUCGAAGGUCGGCAUCGGAGCGAUCAUAUGAUGAACUUCCGCCAAUUAUGUCGAUUCGUCACAAUGUUGAUGGUUCGAUGAGUCAAGCUCAAGCUAGAGCGCGCCGCUUGUAUGACAUCGGCAUGCAAGAUGAAGAUUGCGAUUCUCGCACGGCUCAAAUGCCUAGUGAUUUCACGAGUACCGCUCCAGGUUUCUCAAACACCACUGAGUGUAGUGAUUCCGAAGACGAAGGUUCGUCUGGCCACUCACGACAUCACCGAUCUACCGUUCGUUCUCUGGGCCUCCGAUUUGAAGAUUCCGACGAAAGUGAUGAUGAUCAUGACUUGACGAUUGAAGAUAGAAUUGGAUAUAGGCAUGGGCAACGUCUUCAUCGCCGCGAAACUGCUAGUAAUAUCACGCUCGCGGAGGCCGUAGAAGCAAGUCAAAUUGCCACACAAGAAGCUGUCGCAGCGGUUGGAGGAUUGAUGGUACCGCACGCGAAAUUCUUCAUUGAGAGGGACAAGAGCAAGACUACCAUCAAAUUCGAUCCACCUGUCAGCGGCAGGUUCAUACUGUUGAAAUUAUGGAGCCCCCAUCCAAGCGCAUCCGAGAACAUCGAUAUCCAAACCGUUGUGGCUAAGGGAUUUGCGGGUCCACGAUUCUUUCCAGCCAUUACCCUGAUGAGAUGA